AUGUCUGUCACGCUGCAGACCACGCAUGGCGACGUAAAAGUCGAGCUAUUCUGCCAGGCGUGUCCAAAGACCACGUACAACUUCCUGGCAUUAUGUGCGAGCGGAGAGUAUGAUGGGUCGCCAUUUCAUCGUCUAAUACCCAACUUUAUGAUACAAGGUGGAUCUCCAAGCUCAGGGAGCACUAAGGAGAGCAGGUCCGUGUACGGUGACAUGUUCGAAGACGAGAUCAAAACCUCACUGCGACAUCACACCCGCGGCAUCCUUUCCAUGGCCAACAAAGGGCCCGCCACGAACGGCUCUCAAUUCUUCGUCACGCUGGCUGCCGCUCCGCAUCUUGACGGCAAGAACACUGCGUUUGGAAGGGUACUUGAGGGAUGGGAGACACUGGACAAGAUGGAGGCUGUUGCUGUGGAUAAAAAGAACAGACCGCAGGAGGCCAUUAAAAUCAACAAAGUGCAAAUACAUGCAAAUCCGUUGGCCGACGAGCGCUGA